AUGACGAGGGUGGUAGGCCGCCUGGGCCUUCUCCAACUCUUCAUCCACCACCGGGAUUGGCUUGCCCCUCUUGACAUGGUAAAUGGCAUCAGUGGCCUCGCGAGCAUUCCGAGGCGCCACCAUGACGGAGAAGUCAUCAUCGUCAAUUUCGCCGGAUUUCUUGAUGUCGGAGUGGAGCACAUGGAGGCUCUCACUAAGGACGGCGUGCACGACAUGAAGGCCUCUCAACCGUCGUACAAGAAAAUCCGAAACGAUCUCAAGACGAGAACCUUGGACUCGAUGUUCCCCGUUCUCCAAAGCAGCUCGAAAUCUCAGUCGUUACAGCCAAAUGUGGAAAGUGGGAAGAAAGAAAAAGCACCUGCUAUCUCCGAGACAGCGACUGCGGCCAUGUUCGUCAUAAUUAAGCACCUGGUGCCUUGGGACCAGGUGGAGCAGGGUUACAACGUAGAACUGAUCCACCACUCGAGCAACAUGUUGUUGCUCAGAUUGGACUUGUACGCAGAGUUUGACCGUCUCGACAUAUGCCUGGAAGAAAUCGAGGUGCGGCGCGGAGAACGUCUACUGGCUUGGGACUACAAAGAAGGGUUAGCAUACCCAAAGCUGGACCAAAGGAUCAGCUUUGCGGACUGCAAGCACGGCGUUCCCGCGCCUCGCAAGGAGAUGCUGCGGCUGCACACCGCUUGUGCGACUGUGGCCCAUCUGUCGGGUGCGGAUGAACGAUGGGUGAAGGAGUAUAGGGAUCCAGGCGAUGAUGAUCACCUUGAGGGGUUGCCCGAGUAUGGGGUGGCGGCGGAAGCAGUGGGUACCCGGCAUGCACAUGGGCCCGAGACGCUCGACGAGAUGUUGAGGAUGGCGUACUACUAG